CCCGCGCGGGCGCGGGUGGAUCUCCCGGGCUCCGACAUCUUCUUGGGUCACGUUCCGGCCUCAUUCUAGACGCCGGACACCUGUUUCCCCCUCACGCCCCCGGGACCGUGCCAGGCGGGACUACAUUUCCCAGGAGUCUUUGCGGCCAGGCGAGCCAUCCGGCGCCUCACGGGGCCCUGCUGACUCCAUUUCCCAGGCAGCUUUGCAGCUCCCGGGCUGUGAAGAUCACACUUCUCAGAAUCCUUUCGCUGUAGGGCCGCCGUCCCUCUCCGGAGUCUCCGAGCCUUCGAGCGACUUCGACUCCCGGAGGCCUUUGCGGCCGACCAGGGUGACUACGUUUCCCAGAGGCCUCUGCGGCGCCGCCACCGGAAGCGGCGAGCGAGUCGAGUGUCCUUGCGCGCGGAGCCGAGGGACCAUGGUGCCCCGAGUGUGGUCGCUGAUGAGGUUCCUCAUCAAGGGCAGUGUGGCCGGGGGUGCCGUCUACCUGGUGUAUGACCAGGAGCUGCUGGGGCCAAGUGACAAGAGCCAGGCUGUCCUUCAGAAGGCAGAGGAGGUAGUCCCCCCAGCCCUGUACCAGUUCAGCCAGUACGUGUGUGAGCAGACAGGUCUGAAGAUACCCCAGCUCCCAGCCCCUCCAAAGUUUAACUUUCACAUCCGCGACUCCUGGAAUUCAGGCAUCAUUAAGGUGAUGUCGGCUCUGUCGGCGGCCCCCUCCAAGGCUUGCGAGUACUCCAGGGAGGGCUGGGACUACCUGAAGGAGCGAAUCAAGUAGCCUGUCAGAGGAGGCCACCUGCCCCAGCCAGGAACAGGGGCAGGGAUGCCAUAGAGCUGGAGGCUCCAGACUGGGACUGAGACCCCACGCCAAGGGCAGCUCCCGGCCUUGCUGGCCCAAUAAAGGACUUUGGAAGUGUU